AUCCAAACCUCCCAACUCCGUAGUUGCCGUCUUCAUCUUUUCAACGCCAGCCUUUUUGUACCAUAGAAAGAAGAAUCCAAAUUUGUUUCGUUUUACCAGAACAAAGAAGACUCUCUCCGUCUGCCAAAGUUGCUAACAACGAUGAGGAGAUGCCUUUCCAAACUCACUCCCCGGCAAAUGGGUUUCACCACUUCCAACUCUUUCUUGCAGGUUGAGUCAAGAACCAUUACUAGUACUACUAGUGACCGUUCAUUAAGCAGCAAUGCAGCUCAAGUUGAUCAGACAAAACACAACCCUCUCUCAGACAUGUUGGUUGAUUCAUUUGGUCGGUUUCAUACCUACUUGAGGAUCUCCUUGACAGAGCGUUGUAACCUCAGGUGUCAGUACUGCAUGCCCUCCGAAGGCGUGGAGCUUACUCCUACGCCUCAGCUGCUCUCACAGUCCGAGAUCGUUAGGUUAGCUGGUCUCUUCGUUUCUUCCGGUGUUAACAAGAUUAGAUUAACCGGUGGCGAGCCUACCGUGAGGAAAGACAUCGAAGAGAUCUGUAUGCAGUUGUCCAGCUUAAAAGGGUUGAAGAACUUAGCUAUUACUACUAAUGGCAUCACUCUAGCUAGAAAGCUACCGAAGCUUAAAGAAUGUGGGCUUGAUUCCAUCAACAUCAGCUUGGACACUCUUGUCCCUGCGAAGUUCGAGUUUCUGACUAGACGUAAAGGGCACGAGAGGGUUAUGCAAUCAAUUGAUUCCGCUAUCGCUCUUGGAUACAAUCCUGUGAAGGUCAACUGUGUUGUCAUGAGGGGAUUGAACGAUGAUGAGGUUUGUGAUUUUGUGGAAUUGACGCGAGAUAAGCCUAUCAACGUCCGGUUCAUAGAGUUUAUGCCCUUUGAUGGAAACGUUUGGAAUGUAAAGAAGCUUGUGUCUUACGCUGAGAUGAUGGAUAAAGUGGUAAAGCGCUUUCCGAGUAUUAAACGUGUCCAAGAUCACCCUACCGAAACAGCUAAGAACUUUACCAUUGAUGGGCACUGCGGUUCUGUGUCUUUCAUCACAUCCAUGACGGAACACUUCUGUUCUGGCUGCAAUAGGUUAAGAUUACUUGCGGAUGGGAACUUCAAAGUAUGCUUGUUCGGUCCUUCAGAGGUUAGUUUGAGAGAUCCUAUCCGGUCUGGUGCUGAUGACGAAACGCUAAGGGAAAUUAUAGGCGCUGCUGUGAAGAGGAAGAAAGCAGCACACGCUGGAAUGCUUGACAUUGCCAAGACAGCUAAUAGGCCAAUGAUACACAUCGGUGGCUGAAACAAAGCUAAUGUUAGUGAAGUUCAUGGAAAACACUACAAGGAAACAUUGAGUUCGUAUGUUGUAUCAAUCUUGUAUCCCUGCUGCUCCAACUCUGUGACAUAGCUUUUUGCAAAACAAGAAUAUAGUGAAAGAGUUUCUUAACGUUCGUAUCUGUAUACGUAACAGACACUGUACAGGAACUCAGAAUUUCUAUGUGAAUUUUUUCACAGUCCCAUUACUUUACUAGUAUUCUACAAUCAAUCUAAGAGAUGUUUGUUUGUUUCA